UUGGACAUAGAUUCAAUCUUACAAUAACCACUCAAAACACUAGUAAUCUAGGAGCGUUGGAUGUGUUGUCGUUUACAGAAUGGAUGAAGCUGUUGUAAUAAACUUGACUCAGAAAGAGAAAGAGAAAGUGCAUCAAAUUCAAUAUACACAUGUGGCUCAGACUUGGAUGGUUCAAUUCAUUUCAAACUCUUCAAACAGAUUGGCACCGCCGAUAAUAACGUUUGUUGUUUUAUGCAGUAGUAUUAUUUUAUGAUUUUUGGUUGGCACACAGAUUCAGAAGCAGAGCUUAAUUGGAUCACUCACUCACUCACCCACCAUUGAAGAAACAAGUGAGUGAAGAACAAAGAUGAACAAGUGAUGAUUUCAAUCAUCAAAUGCUAAUAUAGAAACCAGCACAGUGAUUAGCAGCUAAGUAUGGAGAUGUCAUCUUUGCCAUUAAACCUUAAAACCACGUUCCCUGACAGAGGCGGCGGUUGUUUGAAGCUCCCGCCGUUUUCUGGGUUCUUCCUUCGUCAUCCAGUAACAGCUUCAACUAGCUACCAAAGUUCAGGGUGCAAGGCAGGUUGGGGUGGUUUCUGCGUCAAGGCUAGUAGUGCAGAUUUUUCUAGGAGGAGACAGCAGAAGAAGGUGUCAAUUGCAAGGCCUAAGGAUUCUGCUCCCAAGGGUUUUGCCCCAAAAUUACCUGUUAGAGCAAGUAGCAAGAACACCAGUAAAAAGAAAGCUAGUGUCAAGAAGGGAGAUUCGUUAACUCCAACCGUUAGUGAGAUUCCCGGGGAUGGUAAUAAACAAACACUCGAUGUGAAUGUGAAUAUUGAUGAUGAUAACCAUGGGGUUAAGAGCAACCGAGGUGAGGAAACUGGAGAUGUUUCUACUGUUGAUGAGGAUGUUAUUGUUCUCAAAUCACGGGAGGGGAUUUCUUACAAUGGAGAUGUUGGGAUUGUUAAUGAUUCAGAGGAAAGGACAUUGGACUAUGCAGAAAUUGAUGAAAAUGUUCAGGAAAAAAGUGAGGAAACAAGCACUGCUAGUGAUGAUAGAAUAAGUGAGGAAGCUUCUCGGCUGUUGAGGUUAGAGCUGGAACAAAAUUUGAGGAGGCAGGAAAUAGAGAGGAUUGCGGAAGAAAAUCUUUCACAAGGUACCAAGAUGUUUGUGUAUCCUCCAGUGGUUAAACCUGGUCAAGACAUAGAAGUGUAUCUUAAUAAGAGUCUUUCAACCCUAAGUGAUGAACCAGAUAUUCUGAUCAUGGGGGCAUUUAAUGAUUGGAGGUGGAAAUCUUUUACAAUAAGGAUGAAUAGAACGCAUCUCAAGGGUGAUUGGUGGUUUUGCGAAGUACAUGUUCACAAAGAAGCCUACAAACUAGACUUUGUGUUCUUCAAUGGACAAGAUGUCUAUGAUAACAAUGAUGGCAAGGACUUUUGCAUAUCUGUUGAGGGUGGAAUGGAUGCAUUAGCAUUUGACGAUUUCUUGCUUGAGGAGAAACGCAAAGAAUUAGAAAAACUUGCUAAGGAGCAAGCUGAAAGAGAAAGACAGGCUGAAGAGCAAAGGCGAAUAGAAGCAGAGAAAGCUGCGGAAGAAGCGGACAGGUCACAGGCAAGAGUGGAGGUAGAAACAAGGCGAGAAACAUUGCUGCCACAUGUGAAAAAGGUUGUAAAAUCCAUUGAUAAUGUUUGGUGUAUUGAACCUACUGAAUUCAAAGGGAAGGACUUGGUUAGGUUAUAUUAUAACGGAGGCUCUGGUCCUCUUGCACAAGCUAAGGAAAUAUGGAUUCAUGGUGGGCAUAAUAAUUGGAAGGAUGGAUUGUCAAUUGUUGAAAGGCUUGUGAAAUCUGUCUUAAAAGGUGGUGAUUGGUGGUAUGCAGAUGUUGUUGUACCCGACCGAGCUCUUGUCCUGGAUUGGGUGUUUGCCGAUGGUCCACCUCAAAAUGCAGUUGUGUAUGAUAACAACCAGUUACAAGAUUUCCAUGCUAUUGUCCCUAUAGCUGCACUUGAUGAACAGUAUUGGGCUGAGGAAGAGCAGCUGAUAUACAGAAAACUUCAGGAGGAUAGGAAGUUAAGAGAGGAAACAAUACGUGCAAAGGCUGCAAAAACAGCAAAGAUGAAAGCUGAAACAAAGGAAAAAACUUUGAAAACAUUUUUGCUGUCUCAAAAGCAUAUUGUCUUUACCGAGCCUCUUGAUGUUCAAGCAGGGAGCAUAGUGACAGUAUUUUACAAUCCCUCCAACACAAAUCUAAAUGGAAAACCUGAGGUUUGGUUUAGAUGCUCAUUUAAUCGUUGGUCUCAUCGCAUUGGCCCAUUGCCACCUCAGAGAAUGUUGCCUGCAGAUAAUGGCACUCAUGUCAAAGCCUCUGUUAAGGUUCCACUGGAUGCAUACAUGAUGGACUUUGUAUUCUCUGAGACUGAAAGUGGUGGAGUUUUUGACAACAAAUUUGGAAUGGAUUAUCACAUACCAGUUUUUGGAGGUAUUGUAAAGGAACCACCUUUGCAUAUCAUCCAUAUUGCUGUUGAGAUGGCCCCGAUUGCAAAGGUUGGAGGCCUUGGUGAUGUUGUUACUAGUCUAUCCCGGGCUGUUCAGGAUUUAAAUCACAACGUGGAUAUCAUUCUUCCAAAGUAUGAUUGUUUGAACCUUAGCAAUGUAAAGGAUUUUCAAUUUCAUAAAAACUAUUUCUGGGGCGGGACUGAAAUAAAAGUAUGGCAUGGAAAUGUUGAAGGCCUCUCUGUGUACUUUUUGGAGCCUCAAAAUGGAUUCUUUUGGGUUGGCUGUGUAUAUGGUCGUGCGAAUGAUGCAGAGAGAUUUGGAUUCUUUUGUCAUGCCGCUCUUGAAUUUCUACACCAAUAUGGAUUUCAUCCUGAUAUCAUCCACUGCCAUGAUUGGUCAAGUGCUCCCGUUGCAUGGCUAUUUAAAGAUAGUUAUACAGAGUAUGGUCUUAGUAAGGCUCGAGUUGUCUUCACAAUUCAUAACCUUGAAUUUGGAGCCAACUUCAUUGCAAAAGCGUUGGCAUGUGCAGACAAGGCUACAACUGUCUCCCCCACUUAUGCAAGGGAGGUUGCUGGGAAUCCUGCAGUUGCUUCCAAUCAUCACAAAUUCCAUGGUAUAAUAAAUGGAAUUGACCCAGAUAUAUGGGACCCGGAUAAUGAUAACUUCAUUCCUGUACCUUACACAUCAGAAAAUGUUGUUGAAGGAAAAAGAGCUGCCAAGGAAGCCUUGCAACAAAAGCUUGGUUUAGAAACUGCAGACCUUCCUUUGGUAGGAGUUAUUACUCGAUUAACUCAUCAGAAAGGGAUCCAUCUCAUCAAACAUGCCAUUUGGCGUACACUAGAACGUGGUGGACAGGUUGUAUUACUUGGUUCGGCUCCAGAUCCCCGUAUCCAAAAUGAUUUUGUGAAUUUGGCCAAUCAGUUGCACUCCUCUCAUAAUGGUCAGGCUAGAUUUUGCCUCGCAUAUGAUGAGCCUCUUUCACACUUGAUAUAUGCUGGUGCUGAUUUCAUUUUAGUUCCUUCAAUCUUUGAGCCAUGUGGACUUACUCAACUUGUUGCAAUGAGAUACGGUUCAAUACCUGUUGUUCGAAAAACUGGAGGACUUUACGAUACAGUAUUUGAUGUUGAUAAUGAUAGGGAUAGAGCACAAGCGCAAGGUCUUGAGCCAAAUGGAUUUAGUUUUGAUGGGGCUGAUGCUGGAGGUGUUGAUUAUGCACUCAAUAGGGCAAUAUCUGCGUGGUAUGAUGGCCGUGAUUGGUUUAACAGUUUAUGCAAGAGGGUGAUGGAGCAAGACUGGUCUUGGAACCGGCCUGCUCUUGACUAUUUGGAGCUUUACCAUGCAGCACGCAAGUUGCUAUGAAAUUUCAAUGGACAGGAAGUGAGAUGUAAAUUAAGAUUCAUCCCCUUUGUACAGCAUUAGUGGUAAGCUUUAGUCUUAAGAGUAGUUAGUUGCAUAUAGCGGUAAAUAAGUGCAAGGUGACAUCAAUUUGUAGAGACGAGCCUCAAAUGGUUCAUUAUUUUGUUGGCACGCAAUAAUGCAGUUAAGGUUUACUUAGUUUUGGAAUGUGCUGAGAGAUCAUGUUUUAAAUAGCUGAAUUUAUGAAAUGCAUCGCAUUAUAGAUAUGCAAGUUCUUUUGUAUCACAGGUGCUGUUGUCUGGCGCUAAAAGUCACAACCACUCUUAAUAGUAAUUUUCUAUUUUAAACAA